GCCGAUUGCCCGUUUUUUCAACAUCAAAAAAGAUAACGUUUUCACAUCACUAGGAAGCACUAAUAAAUCAUCAUUACUGGAUUUUUCCAUUAUUUUGAACAGUUGAAGAACAAGCCAGAAAUAAUAGAAAUGCCGGCGUUCCACUCGGAGAUUACGGAUUACCAAGCCUCGGUGGGCAACAUGGCCAUUCUACCGCUACGCACUAAAGUCCCAGGACCAGCGCCCAAUGUUGACAUUCCCAACGACAUCAUCGAUGAGUCACUGUACUACUGGAAGUCGAACAUUUUCUUCAGCACAUACGAAGUUAAGUCGGAAGUGGACAGGGUGCUUAUCUACAUAACGCUCUACAUCACGGAGUGUUUGAAGCGAUUGGUCCACUGCACAAUGAAAUAUCAGGGUCAGCAGGAGCUCCAUAGGCUGGCCACCUCGUCGUUCGAUAUACCCGGCGAUGCAGGCUUCCCGCUGAAUGGUAUAUACACGAAACCCGACAAUCCGGAGCUUAUGCGUCAGUAUUUCCAGCAGUUGCGACAGGAAACCGGAAUCCGAUUGGUGGAAAAGGUCUUCGAUACGAAGAAUGGAGCGCCGAGCAAGUGGUGGCUAUCCUUUGCCAAGAAGAAGUUCAUGGGGAAGAGUCUCUCGGGACCGUGAAUAAAGAAGUUAUAAUACACAAG